AGAACGAAGCAGGCAGCCAUCUUGUUUUUGAGUAAAAAUGUGUUGGUAGGUUGGACUGCUUGAUUUGCUUUCCUUAUUUAGUCAGUUUUCCAUUUGGAACAGCAGUUAGAGACAAGAAGAAAAAACAACAAUAAACAAAAGGUCCCAAAGCUGCCAAUCCUGCCAUAAGUUAGUCAACAAAUGGCGCCUACAAAGAAAAAAGUGAAAGAAGAAGAGUAUGCUGUCCCAUCUGUGUCAAGGAAAAGAACAGCAACUGCUGGCCCAGCACCCAAAGUUAAAAGAAGUGUCGAGUCACUUGCACCUUCUACUUCUAACAAUAAGGAUGCUGUUUCAUCCAAGAAUGCUGCGUCUAAGACUUUUAAGGCUGCCACCACUCUCAGAGUUGGGAAAACUAUGGAACCUGAGGUUGUUGUGAGAAAAUUUGUAGAGUUUCUUGAAACAGUUCGAUCAAAACAAGAAAGGGAUGAUAACUACAACAAACUAAAACUUCAAGAAGUGACUGCAACCUUGGACACGAUGAGCAGACCUACUGUCAUGAAAGCUGUGCCUGAAUUUGUCCAUUCCGACGAUGCUCCAAACCUUUUGAACAUGCUCUUGGAUGGAUUGGGGGAGAGUACGAAGCACGGCAACAAAAUGGUAUUUGCUGUAAUGAAGUCGGCUAUCACUGAGUUGCGUGACAAUGAUCAUGUGUCGAAAGCCCACGCCUCAAGAAUCGUUAAGGUCCUUAAUAUUCAAAGUGAGUGUCAGUUAAAUUCUAGACAGAUUGAAGUAACCACGGAGCUCACAAGAUUAUUGAUGCAUCGUAAAUGGAAAUAAAUCUUGGGUUAACUUUUA